AUGUCCGGAAAACGUUCGCGAGCGACAUAUGAAGCGGAAUUGCAAGCCCAACAAUCACCUUUCGUAGUAUACGGAACCCCAUUACCGCCACGAGAUACCGAUGUACGAGAUGAUGGGUCUUAUGUACCGGUGUGGAAGCAGGAAGUUCGCGAUGAGAGGGGGUUGAAAAGACUACAUGGUGCUUUCACUGGUGGCUUUAGUGCAGGAUACUACAACACUGUCGGGUCCAAAGAAGGAUGGAUGCCUUCGACAUUCGUUUCCUCUCGAUCGAAACGAGGCAAAGAUGCUACCAAAGCACCGCCGCAGCAACGACCAGAAGAUUUUAUGGAUGAUGAGGAUAUCGCGGAUGCGGCAGAAGCGCAACGAGUACAAACGGCAGAAGGCUUCGCGGGACUCGGUUCUACGCAAGAUGAUGCAAUCCGCAGAGGCGCAUUUAUUGAUCUUUUCAAAUCUGAAGGGGAGACGAUGGGUGUAAAGUUGUUGAAGAAGAUGGGUUGGAAGGAGGGGCAAGGAGUAGGGCCGAAGGUUCGGCGAAGAGCACGUUUUGAUGGUAUGGAAAGGCCUGGCGCAGGUGCCGAUACGACUUACCUUUUUGCACCUGAAAAUACCAGCAUGAUUAGUUUCCUCCGGAAGGACGAUCAUAAGGGCUUAGGGUUUGAUGGGGAGACAAAGUUGACGGCAGUCAAUGGACUUGGAUCUGAGAAAGAGAGGUCGGAGGAUGAGGACGAUGAUCCAUCCUUUCAAAUAGGACCCAAGACCUCGAAGAAAAAGAACAAACCUACGAGAGGUGGCAUUGGUAUUGGUAUACUAAACGAUAACGGUUCGGACGACGAAGACCCGUAUGAAAUUGGACCGCGAAUAUCCUAUAAUCGAGUAAUAGGGGGAGAUAAGAAGAAGAAGAAACCAGUAUCAGCAGCAGCCAAUUCAUUAUUGAAAUCCAAACCCGUCUUUAUAUCGAAGAAGACCGCUUUGGCAAAGGCGGCUGUUGGGCUACGGAAAUGUCACGAUGGUUGCUUACCUCUGAACGGAUUCCUUCUGAGUAAUGACUCGACUAUAUCAUCAAUGUCCGAAACACUUUCAAAAUAUCCGCCACCCACUAUUCCGCAAGGAUGGAAAUCCGCCAAGCAGUCCAAAUCUGAUUCUACACAAUCGCAAUAUCUAUCCACUUCAGAAGCAGCAAAAGCAUCUAAGCUCGAUCCCAAAUCUCGAGCCUCUAUUCUGGGAGAAGCAGCUCUCCCUGGAAAAUCAGUAUUCGAUUUUAUUUCCAGUUCUGCACGCAACCGACUAGCUGCCGCCUCUGGAAAAUCCAACCUACCCCAAGCUCUAGGCGAAAUUCCCGAAGGCUAUGCUAUGACCUCUGAACAACGACAACAAGAACUUCUUUCUCAAAUCCCAACAAUCGAUAAGUAUACUGCUGAUGCAGCACUUAUGCGUUGCUCCAGCGUCUACACAGAAGAUGAAGCAAAACGCAUUCGCUACCGCGCUUACCUCGAACAUCAAGCUGGUAUCGUAACAACUUUACCAGAAAGAAGCAUAUUAGCAAGUAAAGAAGAUUGGCUAAAAGAACUGGGAGAAUUCGCCAAUUGUGCGAAGAUUUUCAAACCAAUGACUGGACUGAUGGCAACAAGAUUUACGAGUUCUUCUUCAAGCACCAUGUUACCAGGGCAAGAUAGUGCCGCAAAAGAUCUAUUGAGCAAACCAGAAGCGAAAGAAGACCCAGCAGAACAGGCGGCGAAAUUAGGUAUGUAUGGACCGAUGACUCGGGAGAGGAAAGAUUGGUUUCCAUCGAGGUUGUUGUGUAAGAGAUUUAAUGUGCAGCCGCCGAAAAAUGUGCAACCUUCUGCAGAUGAGAAACGUGGCAUGGGUGGUGGGAUGGGAAGAGAAGCGCCGUCGGAUUUGGUGGGGAAAAGAGAAAUCGAUAGGAUGAUGAUUGAAGCUGGAAAUGGAAAUGGAAAUGGAAAUGGAAUGGAGUUCCAAGAACCGGAAAUAAAGAAAGAGGAGAUGGAUAUUGAUGUUGAUCUUAAUCAUGAGAAUGAGAAUGAGGAUGUGACAACGAAAGAUAGGAGAGAUGGACAGGCAAUAGUACUAGUUGAUGCAGAGAGAAACGAAGCCCUAGAAGGUCAAAGGGCUGGCGACGCAGUUUUCAAGGCGAUAUUUGGGGAUGAUGAUAGUGAGGAGGAUGAUUAG